CACUUUGAAAUGUCUAAAGUUAUUUUGGCCUCUGUUGGCUCUGUUAGCACUGUUUACCUGUCUUCCAGAUGCGGAGAUCUAAGCCUUGAGACUCAAUCUGCAUUGCCGGCAAGAUACCCUUGUCCCUCUCAGCUCUGUUUUUUGUUUUGUUUUGUUUUGUUUUGUUUUUUGGCCAUGCCGCACGGCUUGCAGGAUCUUAGUUUCCCAACCAGAGAUCGAAUCCAUGCCCCCUGCAAUCGAAGCACGGAGUCCUAACCACUGGACCACCAGGGAAUUUUUGGCUCUGAUUUUAUAAACAUCCGCCUUCCCAGCAUCCGUGGUGUCCCACAAGAGGUGGGAGGGGCCACGGCUGAGAGGAUGCUCCCCACCAACAUCCAGCUGCCCACCUUGUGGCUGCUGCCCCCAUCAGCCCCUGGCAGUAAAGGGAGGAAGAAGGGGGAGUGAUGAAAGGGGCCUUUGUGUCCCAUGCCGGAAAUCUCACACCCAGGAAGAAAGGUGGGCAGGGUGGCGGGAGGCCUCAGUAGCAUGUAGACUGGGCGUUGUUGAUACAGAGCAAGUUCCUCUCCAGGCUUGGCCCACCUGCCAAAUGGGGAGGGAGCUUUCCUCACUCUGCUCUUUCACAUCAUGGCAUGGGCUGCUUUUGGGGCCUGGGUUGGGCUUGGGCCCUGAGGUCACAGAGCAGAUGGUCCCGAAUGGAGCUCAGGAUGUGUGGUGUAUGCCAGGGCAGGCCCAAAGCCCAGGUGGUAGUGUGGGGGAAACAGUACAUCGCAGAGACUCAGAGCCCUCCAUUUCCUUGACUCCUGGCCAGAAAUGCCCCAGGGGGUGGGAAGAGGAAUUGGGGAGACCCAGCCUGGAUGUGAAGAAGUAUGAGCCCCCUUCCCCACUCCUCCUCCCUUGCAGGAGUUGCCUCUGUCAGCCUGCAACCCAGGACCCCGCUCCCCCCCCCGCCCCGAGUUCUGAUUAUACCUGCUCUCAUGCCUCUGUGAUCAGAAUCGGGCCUCUUCACCUCUGCAAGCCCCAGCUUUCGUCUCUCCAAGCUGGCUAUGAGGAACUGGGUCUGUGCCAUCCUCCCAGGUUUGUAAGGGGUCAGGAGGGGUUAAACCACCAGCGUGUUUCUUCCAUUUGCUGGGAUGAUUUCUUCUGAAGCUGCAGAAGGUGGUAGGGUCUUGAAACAUGGUCUUUCCUUAGAAAAGUGGACCUCAUCUGUCCCAACUUGGGAAACUAUUACCCCAGUGAGGGUGGGAAUUGUCCUAAGACCGUCUCCCACCCCUGCCUUGCCCUGGGAGGAAAGGGUGGGGGGGUCUCAGGAAUGUGAUGAGUGCUGUGAAGAGACACACAUUCGAUGUACACCCCAGUCCUCCUGUGUGCUUAGCAACUCCCCAGACCUCCAUCCCUUGGCUCCCAGGUAGUACCCUAGGGCGGGCAGGGUCUGAUUUGGGCACUUGGGUAGCAACAGAGGCAGCCACCGCUCCCACGGCCCUUAGCCCUUCUUCCUCAGUCCUCUGCUAGGUGUAUGGGGUGAGGGAGGAGGUCCAGGCUCUCUUCCUGGCCAUGCUGCGCACCCUGAGGGGACUUGGCUCCAAGACAGCCCCUAAGGGUGGCCCGAGCCCUGGUGUCAGGCAGGCAAGGGUUAAAAGGUAUGGGCCGGCCCAGUCCCUGGCCAGGUAGGCUGGGCCAUUGCCUAGUGGGAGGCGGCCUAGGCAUCCGCCACUGAGCUCACCCGCUUAUUGCCACUACCAGCCGGAGCAGGGCCUGGUCGAGACAACUAUUUUUUUUUUCGUUGAGAUACCUGAGGUCACCCCACAGCACCUCUCUGGCAUUGGCAAGACUCCUGACUGUGGCCCAUGGGCCUCUGAGGAGGCAUUGUAAGUCCGCCCAGCUCCCCUCUUGCUGUGCUCCCACUCAAUGGGAAGGGAACCAAGGUACCAGGGCCUUGACAUUGACACAGAUUCUGAGAGGGCAGACCAAGCAGGCCUUGUCCAGCCAUCAGCCGCGGCCUCUUGACAGCACCAGGAUGGAAGUCAAAGCUGCCCUGUUUGGAGAGGCUGCCCCCCAAGUGAAGUCAGAGCGGCUGCGGGGGCUGCUCGACCGGCAGCGGGCCCUGCAGGAGGCCCUGAGCCUGAAACUUCAGGAACUACGAAAAGUGUGUCUCCAGGAGGCGGAGCUGACUGGCCAGCUGCCCCCUGAGUGCCCGCUGGAGCCUGGUGAGCGGCCCCAGUUGGUGCGCCGGCGGCCCCCUGCAGCCCGUGCCUACCCUCCACUGCACCCUAAUCCAGCGCACCACUCCUUGUGCCCCGCCAAGGUCCCGCAGGAGCUGGCGCUCGAGGCCCUGGAGCGCGAGGUGUCAGUGCAGCAGCAGAUUGCGGCCGCUGCCCGCCGCCUGGCCUUGGCCCCCGAGCUCAGCGCUGAGCAGCGCCGACGCCGGCGCCAGGUCCAGGCAGAUGCUCUGCGGAGGCUGCACGAGCUGGAGGAGCAGCUCGGGGAUGUCCGGGCCCACCUCGGCCUCCCGGGGCUCCCGCCACCCCAGCCCCUGCCGCUGUCCACCGGGACCGUUAUCACCGCCCAGGGAGUCUGCCUGGGCACACGCCUUGCUCAGCUCAGCCAAGAGGACGUCGUUCUGCACUCGGAGAGCAGCUCCCUCUCAGAGUCUGGGGCCAGCCAUGAUAAUGAGGAGCCCCGUGGCUGCUUCCCUCUGGCUGAGCGCCCUUCACCACCCAAGGCCUGGGACCAGCUGCGGGCAGUAUCUGGGGGCAGCCCUGAGCGGCGAACUCCAUGGAAACCACCCCCAUCGGAUCUUUAUGGGGAUCUGAAGAGCCGACGGAACUCUGUGGCCAGCCCCACCAGCCCCACACGCUCGCUGCCCAGGAGUGCCUCCAGUUUUGAGGGGCGAAGUGUGCCUGCCACCCCUGUCCUCACCCGGGGCGCUGGCCCCCAGCUCUGCAAACCUGAAGGCCUCCAUUCUCGCCAGUGGUCCGGCAGCCAGGACUCCCAGAUGGGCUUCCCCCGGGCGGACGCUGUCUCUGACCGCACCUCCCUCUUCGCAGCUCGCACCCGCCGCAGCAACAGCUCCGAGGCCCUGCUGGUGGACCGGGCAGCUAGUGGGGGAGCUGGCUCCCCGCCUGCGCCUCUGGUUCCCCCUGCCGCCGGUCCUCCGGUCUGCAAGAGCAGUGAAGUGCUAUAUGAGCGCCCCCAACCGACCCCUGCCUUCUCCUCCCGCACAGCUGGUCCCCCCGACCCUCCCCGGGCUGCCCGGCCCAGCUCAGCUGCUCCUGCCUCCCGCGGGGGCCCCCGGCUCCCACCUGUGUGUGGGGACUUCUUCUUGGACUAUUCCCUGGACCGGGGCCUGCCCCGCGGUGGCGGCGGGACAGGCUGGGGGGACCUGCUGCCUGCAGCUGAGGUCCCAGGACCCCUCUCCCGCCGGGAUGGGCUCCUCGCCAUGCUCCCAGGCCCACCGCCUGUAUAUGCGGCUGACGGCAGCAGCCCCCUCCUCCGCAGCAAGGAUCCCCACAGCCGUGCUACCCGCGCCAAGCCCUGUGGCCUGACCCUGGAGGCUGCCGAGGGUCCAGAGGUGCAUCCCAACCCUCUGCUGUGGAUGCCCCCACCCGCCCGUAUGCCCCCAGCCGGUGAGCGCAGCGGCCACAAGAGCCUCGCCCUGGAGGGGCUGCGGGACUGGUACAUCCGGAACUCGGGACUGGCUGCAGGGCCCCAGCGCCGGCCUGGGCUCCCACACAUGGGCCCGCAGCACCCGCCCUUCCUCCAUGCCCGCUGCUAUGAGGUGGGCCAGACGCUGUAUGGGGCCCCCAGCCAGGCGCCGCUCCCGCACUCAAGGAGUUUCACGGCGCCCCCUGUCUCCGGCAGGUAUGGGGGAUGCUUUUACUGAUGGGUAGGGGUCUCUUGAGGCAGGUGGCAAAGGUGUCCAGGCCAGGGAGCAUCUAGUCAUGGUAGCUAAUGACGUGGACCGCAAGAGAAGUAGCCGCAGCCUUGGCCCGGGGUCACUGGGCCCUGCCUGACCGCGUUAGUCCGUGGGGUCUUGGUGGAGGGGUAUCUUGGGCCCUGGUAGCAGCAGUUCUUCACCAAGCUUUACAAGAAUUUUAAUAUUUGAACAAUCAGUGCAUGUCAGCUGAAAAUGAGCCUUGAAACUAGGGUGCUGGGAGGAAGGGAUGUCCUGUGCCCCUCGCCUUUCUCUUCUUCUUUUCACCGUGCCCCACACUUGCGAGCCUAAAGGUGCUGUCCUGUGCCUGCCUCCACGUCUUUAACGAGCCUCUUUUCCUCUCUCUUUCUGUGUCUUGUCUGUCUUUUCCUCUCUCCUCUGUCUUCCCACCCUGUCCUCCGGAUUCCUGCUACCCCUUCUAAAGAUACUACGCGGACUUCCUGUACCCCCCGGAGCUGAGCGCUCGUUUAAGUGACCUGACGCUAGAGGGGGAGCAGUCCUCCAGCUCUGACCCCCAGACCCCAGGGACACUGGUCUGACCCCUUCUGAUAUGCCCCUUGUUGGCUUGGGCAUGACUCCAGUCUGGGGAGCACACAGCUGACCUCGCUGAGCCCUGGGGUGUGGUUGCUCUCGGUCCUGGGGGACACCAACCUGAUCUUCCAAGGCCCCUGGCUCCCUGUGGGCCCACGAAGGUGUCUGACACCCUGCGUCUCCUCUCAUGCUGUGUUGGGGACGGGGGGCUCUCUGCCAGCUUAAAAGGGAGGGGAUAAUGUAAUGGGGACUCCAAGCCCCUUCCUCCAGUUCUGUUUACAGUUGUGAUUUAGGUAUUCACUGUCUUCCCCCAACGCUAGACAUUUUAUAAAAAGGGAAACUGUGAUCUCGUCCUGGUUGGGUUCAUUCCUGUCCCCACGCCCAGCCUGUUCCAUUCAGGAACCCCCUCUACAAAAUGGACCAUAUGGUCUCAGGGCCCAGUUUGGGGCAGCCAGGAGACUCUGGUGUGAGCAGAACUCCCCGCCACUCCCCCACUGGGGCAGUUUUUCUUGGGGAAGGGCCCACAUUUGGAAGGAAUGAAGUCUCUGUCCACAUUUGGAAGGACUGAAGUUUGGGUGGGGGGCUUGGGUUCAUUUUCCCUCCCCCAGGGGUGCCUGAAGGUGCCCCAGUCCCUGUCUGCCUGUCUGUGCCCGCUGCCUCUGCCCACAGAGUGAGAUGGCCCAGUCUUUGGCGGCAGCCUCUGCUCCGACUAUCCCCAAUCAGGAGGCCCCGCAGGAGGACCAAAGGGCAGAGCCAUUGGGUGUGUUGUGUCCUGGGAUGCUGCGGUGGUGGAACCUGGCAUCGGGUAGAUGCCAGUGAAAUCCUCAAGUGACGUCUCGCCACAGGUUACGUCACGUCUUCCUUGGCUUUCCUUCCAUCCACCACUUUUUAAACAAAUUCACACAAGCUGUGUUUUCUAUGAUACCUGUCUGUGACGUUCUGGAGCUGGGGGUUCCCCUACCCCCUUUACCUGGUGUUAAACUUUUCUUUUUGUACCAAUGGAUCUGGGCCCAAGACACUACCCACACUGGAAGGGGAUUUCUAUAAUAAAUGUGUAAACUGAACCCAUACAUUGCUUCCCUAUCUGCCUUGCCUUGGGGGCCCACAUCUUUAGCUAAGACUAGAUAAUGUAUUUUUACAAGAAAAAAAUAUAUAGUACUGUGGA